AAUCAACAGCCGCCAUCUUGACGCGGCUCAGAAUCAGGAUUUUGGGAGAGCAUUAUUUUUUAGACCGAAACGAGCCAUUUAGACCGUGCUCAAACGGCUUUAUUCUGCAGAAAAUCGAAGUCUUUAUUCCUUCGGAGAGAAUUGUUGAGAAAAAACGAGGAUUGGAUCAGUUUUUGUCGUCUAGAGAGCCCCUCGUAUAUUUGAUUUCCCCUUCAGAGAGCGCCGCUUCUCCGUAUCUCCGUUCCGAGACGAUGCAUUUAUCGAGAGACAGUAUCGAGAAAAAUACAUCGUCGCAUACAAAAUAUUUUUGGAAAUUUCUUGUCUUUAUUGGAGGUGAAAAUUGAAUUUAAGGCUGUUCAUUUGGACCGGGAAAAGGCACUUAUUUAAAGAUGCCCAUCUAGGGAUUUAUGGAGAAAGGGACUUGAAUCCACACUAUAUACUUUUUUUUGCUACUAUUUUAAUUUAUUUUUCGUGAACCGAAAUAUUUUUGGGCCAUAAUUAUUAACGAUAAUUAUGUGGGUGUUGGGUGUUGGAUUAUCAUGGGGUGAUUGUCAGCGGCGAAGCGUGGCGCUGUUGCCUUUAUUUUGAAACAUUCUACUCGGCUGACUAGUGCAAGCAUUUUUCUAUCUUGCCAGCUAGUUGGUUAAAUACCCCCAUACGUGGGGUGUGAGUAAGAAAGAAGAUUGUUGCCAUAAAAAAAUCUAUCUGGAAGGAGUCGAAUUUAGUUUUGCAUCAUUAUUUAGUGAUCAUUCUUACCGAUCAGAAUGGCGGAGAAUUUGCUGGACGUCGGACCUCCCAUCGCAAAGCGACCGAAACUCAAUUCACCUGCGCUUUCAGCGUCAGAUGGUCCAGACCUGGUGUCGCUGUUCGACCUGGAGAAUGACCUCCCAGACGAGCUGAUCCCCAACGGGGACCUGGGUGGCCUGAUGGGCAUGCCCUCCAACGGUGCCCCUGGCGGGGGUGGAGGAGGUCCCCGGGGCCUGGGCUCCAUGGUCCCUGACGCUGCCGCCAAACACAAGCAGCUGUCUGAGCUCCUGAGAGCGGGCGGUGCUGGGUCCGGUGGCAUGGGCCCCAUGAUGGGGAAAGUCCCCAUGGGCCAGGGCUCGCCCAACCAAGCCCAGAAAGGAAGCCCUGCCAGCGGACAACAAGGCAACGGCUCCAUGGCGGGCUUCAACCAGGCUAUGAUGAACAGCCAUGGACACGGGAUGCCGGGCCAGGUGAUGAACGGGGCCCUGGGGCCGGCAGGACGGGGCAGGCUGGGGCUGCAGCAGUACCAGGUCCAGGCCAUGCAGGGUGCUGGGGGGGGCGUGGGGCCGGGAGGCAGCAGUGUGCUGGCUGAGACUCUGGCUCAGGGAGGAGGGCAGAUGGGAGCUCACAACGCCAUGAACGCCCAGCAGGCUAGCAACAUGAAUAAGAUGGGUAUGGCUGGCAGUCCUUUUGGGCAGCAGUACGGUCAGGGCGGGGCCCAGCAGCAGAUGGGGGUGAACGCCCAGCAGCAGCUCCGGAACAAGGCAGCCCUUGCCAACAGCCUGCCCCCCUUCCCCAGUGACCUGAAAGGGGCCAACAGCCUGCCCCCCUUCCCCAGUGACCUGAAAGGGGCCAGCAGCAUGCCAAACCUGGCCCAGAUGCAGCAGGUAUCCUCCAUGGUCCCUGGUGGUGGGGUGUCUGCAGCGACGGCGAGCCACACGGCCGACCCAGAGAAGCGCAAGCUCAUCCAGCAACAGCUGGUCCUGCUGCUCCACGCCCACAAGUGCCAGCGGCGGGAGCAGGCCAAUGGGGAGGUGCGGGCCUGCGCCCUGCCACACUGCCGCACCAUGAAGAACGUCCUCAACCACAUGACCCACUGCCAGGCCGGCAAGUCCUGCCAGGUGGCUCACUGUGCGUCGUCCAGACAGAUAAUUUCUCACUGGAAGAACUGCACGCGGCAUGACUGUCCCGUCUGCCUGCCGCUGAAGAACGCCAGCGACAAAAGGAACCAGCAGCCCAUGCUGGGUUCUCCCGGCGCCAGCCUGCAGAGUGCCAUCAAUGCCACGGUGGGCACAGGCCCUCCCGGCAGCUCCCCGGGUUCCUCCAUGAACAGUGGCGGGGUCAGCAGCGGGCACAUCGACCCCAGUUCCAUGCAGCGGGCCUACGCUGCCCUGGGCCUGCCCUAUGGUAACCAGUCCCCUGCUCAGGGACAGGGAGGACCUGGAGGACAGAACACAGCCCAGGGAGGGCAGCAGCUACGCUCCAUCAAUGCACUAGGCACUAACAUGAACAUGGCCGGAGGAGGGGUGGGCGUGCCCUCAGAGACCGGCAUGCUCUCGGACUCAUCACUCCCUCGUCGCUCAACAAGUGAUCAGUUGAUGCCAGACGGGUUGGGGAUGGGGGGCAUGGGCAACCUGCCGGGCGCCAACCCUCUCUCUGCCUCGGGGGUGAGGAAGACGUGGCACGAGCACGUCACUCAGGAUCUACGCACCCACCUGGUGCACAAACUAGUACAAGCCAUAUUCCCCACCCCAGACCCCGCAGCACUGAAGGAUCGGCGGAUGGAGAACCUGGUGGCGUACGCGAGGAAGGUGGAAGGGGACAUGUACCAGUCUGCCAACAGCAGGGACGAGUAUUACCACUUCCUGGCGGAGAAGAUCUAUAAGAUCCAGAAGGAGUUGGAGGAGAAGAGGCGCUCGCGGCUCCAGAAGCAGCCUGGCCCCAUGGCAGUGGGGGCCCAGGGCCAGCAGCAGCCUGGCAUGCCCCCUCAGCCGAACUCCAUGGGUCCUGGCCAGUCCCCACGGCCAGCUAAUGGAUCUGUGCCUAUGCCCAACGUGCCAAAUCAGAUCAUGCCUCGAAUGCAGGUGUCUCAAGGAAUCAAUCAGUUCAACCCCAUGGCAAUGCAGAACGUGCAGAUGUCCCAGGCGCCCAUGGGGGCCCGCGCCUCGCCCAUGAACCACUCGCAGCAGAUGAACAUGAGCUCUGUCCCAGCGAUGGGCAUGUCCCCAUCCAGGAUGCCCCAGGUGCAAGGCAUGAUGGGACAGCACGCCAACAGCAUGGUGGGACAGACAGCCAAUCAGAGCCAGUUCAUGCCCCAGAGCCAAUUCUCUCCCAACACUGCCCCUGGCGGGGGAAUGAUUAUGAACAACCUGGGCUCCCUCGGCCAGCCGCAAGCACAGGCAGCUGUCACUCAGCCCCCCCUGCCCCGCGGCACCCCUCCACCCAACGCCUCGGCUAACCUGCAGCAGCUCCAGCACCCCCACUCCCACCCACCUCCCCAGGCUCAGCCUUCACCGUCCUCCACCCCCACUCAUGUCCCCAGCGGCAGCCUCCCCGCCCGACCCCCCUCGACCCUGGGCAUGCAGUCCCCUGCUGCCCCCUCCCAGCCGCUCACGCCCCUGCAGCAUCAGCAACCGGGGACCCCCAGCCAGACGCAGCCCAGCUCAGUGCAGCCCCCCAGCACACCGCUGUCCCAGGCGCCAGCCAGUAUAGAUAACCGCAUGCCCACCCCAGGCUCGGUGGCAGAGGUCCAUUCCCAACAGGCCCCACCAGACAAUGCCCAAACGGAGCACAAAGCCGAGCUCAAAGAGGAGGAGGACGAUGAGGACGACGACUGUGGCUCGGGGAAAAAGCAGCCCAGCGAUUUCAAAAUGGAGCAGGACGAAGACCAAAAAGACACCAAACCCCUCACGGUCAACGAGGAGGAGCCAGACGGGGCGGAACCUAAGCAGGAGCCAAUGGAGACAAAGGAGGAGAAGAAGCCGGAGAUUAAGAAUGAACCCAAAGAGGAGGAGGAGGGCGGGGUCAACGGCACUUCAGCGUCCACCUCCCCCACCCAGAACCGCAAAAAAAUCUUUAAGCCAGAGGAGCUGCGCCAGGCCCUGAUGCCCACACUAGAGGCCCUCUACAGACAGGACCCAGAGUCUCUGCCCUUCAGACAGCCUGUCGACCCCAUGCUGCUGGGCAUCCCCGACUACUUUGACAUAGUGAAGAAACCUAUGGACCUGUCCACUAUAAAGCGUAAGCUGGACACGGGUCAGUACCAGGAACCCUGGCAGUAUGUGGAAGACAUCUGGGUCAUGUUCAACAACGCCUGGAUCUACAACCGCAAGACGUCCCGCGUCUACAAGUACUGCUCCAAGCUGGCCGAGGUGUUUGAGCUGGAGAUAGACCCCGUCAUGGUCAGCCUGGGCUACUGCUGUGGCAGGAAGUUUGAGUUCUCACCCCAGACCCUCUGCUGCUAUGGCAAGCAGCUGUGCACCAUCUCCAGAGACGGAACCUACUUCAGCUACCAGAACAGCUCACCCAAAUAUGGCCUUGUUGCCGACAGGUAUCACUUCUGUGAGAAGUGCUUCAACGAGAUCCAGGGCAAUAGCGUCACCCUGGGAGACGACCCGGCACAGCCACAGACUAUGAUAUCUAAAGACCAGUUUGAAAAGAAGAAAAAUGACAUGUUGGAUCCAGAACCGUUUGUUGAAUGUAAAGACUGUGGACGGAAGAUGCACCAGAUCUGUGUGCUGCAUUAUGAUGUCAUCUGGCCAUCGGGGUAAGCCUCAUGUACCCUGAACAGACGAACGGCCCCGUGUGUCUCCUGAUC